AUGUUCCCAAUGGAUGCACCAUCAGUUUUGAAGGCUCAAAUCCUCGCGGGUGGGCGUGGUAAGGGCAAGUUCAAGAGCGAUGGCAAAGGUGGCGUUCGCAUUGUCAAAUCACCGGAUGAAGCUUUUGAAAACGCGUCUCAAAUGCUCGGUUCUUAUCUCGUCACGAACCAAACCCCACCCGGUGGUCUUCCAGUGAAGAAACUAUACAUCUACAAAUCUGUGGAUAUUUCCAAGGAAUUCUACCUGGCUAUUACCUUUGAUCGCGAAAGGUACAUGCCUGUUCUCCUAAUAUCUGAUGAGGGGGGCGUCAAUAUCGAGUCAAACGUGAAUAAACUUCAGCGGUUUUGGUUUCAUCUCACUACUGGAAUUACCCCUGAGAUUAUGGCCUAUAUCGAAGCACAGUUUGGAUUUUCUGACAACGAAAUGAGGGUGGUCUCACAUAUAUUGUCUCAACUAGUAAAGUUGUUCCGGGACAAAGACGCUACUCUCCUCGAGCUGAAUCCUCUCACUGACUUGUUUAGCCUCGAGGAACAUUUGCCGGAGGAGAAAGAUGAGUAUGAAGCUUCGAAGCUGGGUCUUUCCUACGUUCGUCUUGACGGUAAUAUUGGUGUUAUUGUGAACGGUGCUGGUUUGGCAAUGGCAACCAAUGACUUGGUCACUUGGAACGGCGGGAAAUGUGCGAACUUCUUGGAUAUUGGUGGUGGUGCAACCGAGGAGACAUUAUCAAAAGCAUUUUCGAUUCUACAUGGCGAUACCCGCGUAAAAGGGCUGCUCAUAAAUAUAUACGGCGGAAUUGUUCGCUGUGAUAUGAUUGCCGAUUCGAUACUUGCUGCUUCUGCUGCGACGGGAGGAUUCAAUAUUCCAGUCGUGAUUCGCCUACAGGGUACAAACUGCGAAACGGGCUCCAAAUUGAUCCGAGAAUCUGGCCUGGAUAAUGUAUUAAUGGAAGCUGAUUUCGAGGAAGCUACUAAAAAGAUCGUCGAGCUUACAAAUAAUUAA